CGAAGCAAUCAAUCACCAUCGAUCGAUCAUCAUCAUCAUCAACCAAUCGCCAUGUCCAUCUCCUGGAAACUCUUCAUCGCGGUUUCGUGCCUCCUGUCUCUCCUGAGCUUUUGUUCGGCGCUCCAAACGUGCGAAUCGCACGUCUUCUCCGGCGGCAGAACCUUCCGUACAUGCAGCGAUCUUCCUGUCCUGGAUUCCUUCAUCCACUUCAGUUACGUCCAGGAGACAGGCGUCUUCGAUGUGGCUUACAGACAUGCGAAGAUGGAGCCGUCGAGCUGGGUGUCAUGGGCCAUCAACCCUCGAGGCCAUGGCAUGUCGGGCGCUCAGUCGCUCGUCGCUUACCGAAACUCAACCACCGGACUGAUGCGUGCUUAUACCUCUCCCAUCGCCUCCUAUUCCACCAUCCUUCAAGAAGGGCCUCUCAGUUUCAGAGCCAACAACAUCUCCGCCGAGUAUUCUUCUGACAACGAGAUGACGAUAUUCGCCACUCUUGUUCUGCCACCCAACACAACGGUGGUCAACCAUCUCUGGCAAGACGGUCCUGUCAUGGAAGGAGGGAGACUUGGGAUGCACGCAAUGGGAGGAGAUCAUCUCAAAUCCAUGGGGACUUUGGAUCUUCUGUCAGGUCGAGUCCUCGCCUCAAAGGGAGGAGGUCCCACCACGUACAUGUCGCGUGUGAAGAACGCUCACGGCAUCAUCAACGCUGUGAGCUGGGGAUUUCUCAUGCCUUUGGGUGGAUUGGCGGCCAGAUACAUGAAGACUUACGACACAUUAGAUCCGAUGUGGUUCUACACUCACGUCAUCUGCCAAUCUCUCGGUUACUUCAUCGGCCUUUCGGGUGGGCUUGGAACCGCAAUCUUCAUGUGGAGAUCCACCGGAUUUAGGUUCGGUCCGCAUUCCAUCAUAGGAGUGGUGCUGUUCAUCCUAGGGUUCUUGCAGAUACUUGCGCUGAAAGCAAGACCGGACAAGGAUCACAAGUACAGAAGAUACUGGAACUGGUACCACCACACGGUCGGAUACGUCGUCAUAGGACUCAGCAUCUACAACAUCUACAAAGGUCUGGCUAUCUUGCAACCGGCGAACACGUGGAGGAUCGUCUACACGGCCGCGAUAGGGUUCGUGGGGUUGGUGGCGAUCGUGAUGGAGAUUGUGCAGUUCGAGAAGCAAUGGGGCUGGAUCUUCUCCUGCUGCCGAGGAUCUAAUGCCAAAGAUGCCGGUUCGAUCGUCGCUGAUGAAGUCUAAUCUAUAAGAGGAAUAUGCUUUUUCAGUUCCCCUUUGAAUUUUUUUGUUUUG